UGUAAACACAUAGUACCUACCGAAGAGAGCACCGCUUUAUCUUAUCAUUUCCAAGUUUUCGUAUUUCGAGCUGGAUUCUGGUCGUUUCCAUUCAACAACCAAACUCGUAGUUAUCUAUUUCUAUGCUUCUCUUCAAGUGUCUGAACUCAUAUAUAACUGACAUUCAUAGAUUGACAUUAUCGUUAUUAUUGUUAUUGGGUUCCCUGUGGACAUGAUGUCACGUGAUUGAUGAGCCCACGAGGGAUUUGUUCAGUUCAUUAAAAAACCCAUUCAGACAAGCACUCUUUCCGAAGUUUUAAUCGUAGUUUUAAUCCCCCAACACGCCGAUACAUUGGUGCCGUGACCAGGAUGGAGGAGCUGCAACGUCUAAUUGCCUCUCGGCGAGGCCACAGGAGUCAUCUUACGAAGUUAAUGAAAAAAUCCGAGGAGGUUUUUAACAAAGAUGGCGGGUUUACCGAACUAGAACUCGCAUCGGCGAAAAACACAACGCAACAGACUUAGAUGAGAUCCUAGCCCCGAAAAUUGAGAAGCCUGAAGAUUUGGAGGAGGAAAUAAUGGAAACGGAGGAAAUCCAGAAAGGAAUCACAGAUAUGAUUGCAAAGCUAAGUGUAAUCAUUAACAAUAACAAUGUACCGAGUGUUAAUACUCCCUCCCCCGUCGUUCCGCCGUCUGUCGCUUCAACAUCCUCUCCCCAAAGCGCUUCUUCCAUGUCUCAAAAUCCAACCAAUAUAGAUCCAACCCAAGUCGUGCCACCCUCAAACACAACUCAAGUUUUCCCGCCCCCAAACAUUACUCACCCCAACAAUCAGCCUUUUAUUCCCCAAGCAAGUAACUUCAACUCCUAUAGCACACGUCUCCCAAAGCUGAACUUGCCCGUUUUUAGUGGGGACCCGUUGGAGUGGAUGACCUUCUGGGAUUCCUUUAAUGUAGCUGUUCACAGCAAGUCUGGCUUGGCUGAUGUAGACAAGUUUAAUUACCUAAAGGCCCAGGUUUCAGGGGAGGCAGAGCAAGCAAUUGGGGGCUACCUAAUUUCAGGGGAUAAUUAUGUGAAGGCACUGGCCACUCUCAAGGAACGUUUUGGGCAAACACACUCAUGCUCAUAUGACUGCCCUAUUAGAUCUGCAAUAUCCCAAAAGCAAUCUUGAGAGCUUGCGCCCCUUUUGUGAUGCAUUGGAAACCAAUAUAAGGGCACUAGAAGCCCUUGGCAAGUCCCAAGACUCCUUUGGGGAACUCCUUAUUCCUGUUAUUUUAGGAAAGCUCCCUAAUGAAACCAAGCGCAACCUAGCCAGGAUACAACAAGGGGGGGGGACUGGACCAUACAAGGUCUGAGGGAAGCUCUUAAGCAUGAGCUUAUGGUUUUAGAAGCAGGAUCCCCCCUCCUUUCGAAAUCUACACCCACAGCCUCAUUCUUUACUGGGGUAAAGGGGCCUCAUCCCCAGGGGAAAGGCAAACCCAAGGUCAUUCAGUGCGUUUACUGUAAAGGGAAGCACAGUACAGAUAACUGCGCCACCGUUUCUGACCCUAAGGCAAGGAAGGACAUGGUUGUCAAGCUGAGGCUCUGUUGUAAUUGACUUUCAUCCUCCCAUAUCAGCUCCAAAUGCACCUCGAAGUUUCGCUGCCGUCAAUGCGGAGCCCACCAAGAAGAUGAAUUUGAUCUACAGCAAUUUUGGUCCCUAGAGUCAAUGGGCAUAUCACCCGAUGCUGACCCCCCUGAGAAGAACUUCUUGACUAAUUACCAGGCCACCUCGAUCACUAGAGACGAAGACGGCACAUACAUUGCUGGGUUUCAAUGGAAGGAAGAGCACGCCCCUCUCCCAACUAACUUCAGUAUCUGCGAGAGACGCACAAGGGCUACCGCACGACGACUUCACCAGACACCAGAUUUGAUGAAGAGUUAUGACGACAUCAUCAAGGAACAAGAGGCCAGAGGGUUCAUUGAGAAGGUUAGCAACCCUGACCCGUCUGACCACGCCCACCACACACCCCACCACCAUGUAAAAAAGGAGUCAUCGACCACGCCCAUUCCUAUUGUCUUCGAUUGUAGUUGUCACCAGACCCCCUCGACCCCAAGUCUGAACGACUGCCUAGAGGUCGGUUCACCUUACCUAGCAGACAUGGGCUCGAUUUUAGUGCGGUUUCGCGCCCACCCUAUUGCAAUUUCUACUGAUAUAGAAAAAGCUUUCCUCCAUGCACGUCUCAGCGAAGCUGACCGCGACAUGACCCGGUUCCUAUGGCUCUCCGAUCCCAGUUGCCCCGAAAGUGAGUUCCAGACCUACCGUUUCAAGUCGGUCCUUUUCGGCUCUGCGAGCUCCCCCUUUAUGCUGAAUGCUGUCCUUCAAAACACACCUUGAUAAUCAUAAGACACCAGUCACACAGGACAUCAGGGACAAUCUCUAUGUUGACAACAUCAUCACCGGCUGUGAAACACAUCAAGAGGCCCUGAGUUACUAUAACGAAUCAAGAAGUGUCAUGACUGAAGCCAAGUUCAACUUACGGUCUUGGGCAUCCAAUAGCCAACCCCUUCUCGAUCGUGCUGCCCUUGAUGGAGUGAAUGAUGCCAACUCAUUGGCUCAUAUGAAAAGCGAACAAGCGAAUCGAUUCCUUGGAAAUACGGAAUAGUAAGUUAGUAGUAGAGUUAGAUUGGCACUCGGUGUUUUUGAAUAUUUUCAAGGAUUCGAUUCGGUUGUCCGCUUGUCAUGUAAGACAUCAAGUUGGACUGACCUCAUAUACGCAAAAUGGAGUGGUUUGCAACUACAGUUUUUUAGAAUGCGUACCAAACCCUGCGUACCAAAACUGCGAUUUUAUUUGUGCACGUGCGUCGGGCCUCGCCGAUUAUUAAUAUCCUAUUUUUUAUUUCAGAAUUUGCAAACUAGAAACCUUGGUGAUUAUAUUCACCAAAGGUCAGAUCGAUCACAAGCUUUGAACUGGCUUCUAAACAAGCUUUAAAAACAAUUACCCGCGAGGGGCCUUAAGUUGCUUUGAUGAUCGCGAAAAAAAUACAUUUAUUUUAUCUUUAAAUUUUUCUUUUGAUAGUUUUAAAGUGCAAUUAUUAAAAACAUCACAAGUA